UAAUUUUCGAGUACUUUCUCACAGCCCAACAAAGCCGGAAAUGGAGCACUACUAUACUCUCCAUAUCUUCAAAAAAAUCCCCAAAUCCAGGUGUUUUCCACUUCAAAUCUCCACGGCCUAUCUCAGCGCAAUGUCUUAUCACGUGACUUCCCCGCCGAAUUCGCAAUUGCUCUCCAAUCCCUCGACCAAAACCCUAACGCGUUUGUCAUCAUCCAUCUUCUCCGGAAUCGACAUCAGAACUCUAAACUCUAUCACCAACGAUUCUGGCGACUGACGAGACCUAAAGUUCAUGCAGGGCGCGAUCACAGCGAUCGAGCGGUGCAGGAAGCCGGUGAUCGCUGCGAUAGAAGGAGCGUGUAUUGGUGGCGGUACUGAUAUUGUGAUAGCCUGUGACAUUUGGUUCCGCAGUAAAGAUGCUUUCUUUUCGGUGAAGGAAGCUGGUUUGGGGUUAACGGCGGAUUCAUGGACAUUACAGAGGUUGUCGGGGAUUGUUGAGCCUGGUAAUGCAAUGGAAGUGGCCUUGACUGGUCUGAGGUUCUCGGGUCAUGAAGCCAAGGAUUUGCGUUUGGUUUAUCGGGUUUCUGGGUCUAGAGGGAUUGCAUGCGGGUGUGAGAAUCACGGCAGAGGGUAAUUUGGACUUUUCAUUUAUUGGUUUUAGCUUUUACCGUUACUAGCAGAGGGUAAUUUGGACUUUUCAUUUGUUGGUUUUAGCUUUUACAGUUACUAGCAGAGGGUAAUUUGGAUUUUUCAUUUCUUGGUUUUUUAGGUUUCACCGUUACUAGCAGCUGUAAAAUUUAGAAAUGAGUCCAGUGGUGUGUUAAAAACUCCCUCAAACUGGGCAGGGCUGGGUCGGGUUAGGUUUUUCUUGGUAUGUACAAAUGGGUGUGCUUAACUAAUAUUUAAUUUAACUAACCUUAAUAAUUAAA